UUCUGUAAAGGAGCGCGGGUCCUGAGGAGAAACAGGAGAAACAGGAGAAGUGGGCGCCUCACUGAGAGUACCCUCUCCCCACUUAACACCCUUCACACUGCAGGUAUAAAACGGCGCUUUUGAUCGCUUUCUCCUCUCUGCUUGACAUCUGUCAAGUGAACUGGAGUCUCACCCCCGUGUGGCUCCGCCGACCCUGUAGGAACUAUAACGAAGAGCUAUCGUUUAGCUGCCAUGUCGGGUGUUGUGCGAGGCCCUGCCGGGAACAACGACUGCCGGAUUUAUGUGGGAAACCUCCCUCCUGAUAUCCGCACAAAGGAUGUGGAAGACGUGUUCUACAAGUACGGGACGAUCCGAGACAUCGACCUGAAGAACCGGAGAGGGGGGCCGCCCUUCGCCUUCAUUGAAUUCGAGGACCCCAGGGACGCUGAUGAUGCGGUGUAUGGGCGGGAUGGGUACGACUAUGACGGCUACAGGCUGCGGGUGGAGUUCCCUCGGAGCGGCAGGGGCUCGAGAGGCGGGUUCGGUGGGAUCGGUGGAGCUCCCAGAGGAAGAUACGGACCUCCAUCCAGACGCUCCGAGUACAGGGUCAUUGUGUCGGGACUCCCUCAGAGUGGCAGCUGGCAGGACCUGAAGGACCACAUGCGUGAAGCGGGCGACGUGUGCUACGCCGACGUUUUCAGAGAUGGAACCGGGGUGGUAGAAUUUGUGCGCAAAGAAGACAUGACCUAUGCCGUUCGAAAGUUGGACAACACCAAAUUCCGCUCACACGAGGGAGAGACUGCUUACAUUCGUGUGAAAUUAGACGGUCCCCGCAGCCCAAGUUACGGAAGAUCACGCUCCCGCAGCCGUGGCAGUCGGAGCAGGAGCCGGAGUCGCAGCGCCAGCCGCAGCCGCAGCAAUUCCCGCUGCCGAGGCAGAGGAUCGCCCCGCUACUCGCCUCGUCACAGCCGCUCUCGCUCCCGUUCUUAAACCUUUCUACCACCAAUGUUUUGCUCUUUUGAUGUAUACCCUUCUGUUUUUACCUCCUUUUAUGAGUUUCUCCAGAUUUCGGCACUUGAUUUUGAAUUUUUUGUCAUUUCAUGUCCCGAUGUCCUUGUGGAUGAUCUUGGUAUGUAGAUGUACCCCCUCCUCUUCCUCUCUCACCCUCUCCCCCUCCCCCUCCAGCUGCGUUGUCCGUUUUGUUUCCUCCUCCUCUCUCUGUCCUCUCAAUUUUUUGCACAUUGGGAACUGUUCUGAGUGGAACUUCAAAAAUGUUGAGUUGUUAUAAGCUGCACUCAAUGUUUUUGCAAGUAUUGGAAAUUGAGUUUUGAUUUUGUUUUUGUUUUUUAAAACACAUAGCUUCUCUCAUUGGAUAUGUGGGGUGGGCUGUUUGGACAGGGAGCCCGAUGCUUAACUGUAUUUUACCCUUGUGUCUUCCUUUAGACAUCAGAAGAGAAGGAUUAAAGUGAUUUGGAAUAAAACCAUUGUGGAGCACAUUUCAUUUGUAUGGUCAGGAUAGGACAUCUAAUUGAGGAGCAAUCAGGUCGAGGCAAUGGUACGCUUCAUAUUCCAUAAAUUGAACGUUUUGAUAGGAUGCCAUAUCAUGCAUGUCAUAUUUAAUGAAGCCAUAUGUGCUGUACUUUGUUAUAUAUAUAUAUACAAUUUUUAACUUGCUACUCUGGCUUGUGACAGAAUAAGCAAUCCUAGAUCCAAUGUUGUGAUGUAAGUGUAAAAUCUUUGCUGUCAAAUGUAAAAAAUCUGAAUCACUUCUUUGUUGCAAAAUCUUCCAACUUUAAAAUGUCCUCAUUGGUAAAAAUGUUUUAACUUCAGGGAGCAACCGUUUUUGUGCUCAGUGGCAUUUUUUUUUCUUUUCUUUUAUUGAUCUGACAUGAGUGCACAAAAAUGGAAAAAUUAGGCCCAAAAAUUUUGACAUUUUAUUCUAACAGUCUGCCUCUGAUUUUCUUCCUGGUAUUUCAAGGUUUUGAUUGGAGGAGUGGCUCAGUGGAUCCCAAUCCUUGGAGCUGGAUGAGUGGAUCGAUUAGGACAGGGAUAGGCAAGGAUGGAUUCUCGGAACGGGAUCAGUUUUCCAGGAUUCAAAUGAGGUUGAUUUCAGAACUAAUUAACAGGAGUCCCUGAGCAACUUUUUUUUUUUCCCCCAUUAGGCCCCUCAAUGCCUAUUUAAAGUUUUUCAUUGGUAAUUGCUUUAUUUUACAAGAAAAACGAAACUGAGGACCAGGAAGUUGGAUCAAAGGAUGGAGUCGUAGAUGCCUGGUAUGAAGGAAAUAAAAUUGGGGAGGUUGGGAGGGGGUUUCAUGUGGGAGUGGUUUGUAUGUUUGAUUUUGCUUAAUCCUGCUUUUUUUUCUCUUAGCAUUUUCAAUAAAACACUUUC